AUGGUCUACCAAGUUCCUGCCAUUGUCGCGGACAAGGUCUCGCCGAGAGCUAAGCAACUGUUGCAGAAGGUCUCAGACUUUGUUGAAAACGAAUGUAUCCCCGCCGAUUCCAUCGUCGACGCCCAGCUCCCUACCGACCCUUCAAAACGCUUUCUUAACACCUACCCUUCUAUAAUCGACGAGCUCAAGGCAAAAGCCAAAGCACAGGGCCUUUGGAAUUUAUUCCUGUCACAGAUCCACUACAAAGAGGGUGUGGCAUUGACAAACCUUGAGUAUGGACUGAUGGCUGAGCUUUUGGGGAAGAGUUUCGUAGCGUCAGAGGCUAUGAAUUGCUCGGCACCUGACACGGGGAAUAUGGAGGUUCUGGCGAAGUACGGGAAUGAGGCGCAGAAGAAGGAGUGGCUGGUACCGCUUUUGAAUGGCGAGAUUAGGAGUGCGUUCGUAAUGACAGAGAGAAUGAAGGCGAGUGCGGACGCGAAGAAUAUCGAUCUAGAUAUUAGGCAGGAAGGUAACGAAUAUGUGCUCAACGGAUCGAAAUGGUGGAGCUCUGGUGCUGGAGACCCACGGUGCAAGCUUUAUCUCGUCAUGGGUAAGACGGACUCCAACAACCCCAACCCCUACAAGCAGCAGUCAGUGGUUAUCGUACCCGCCGGAACCCCCGGAGUAACAGUUCUCCGCUCUCUGUCAGUAUACGGUUAUGAUGACGCUCCUCACGGCCACUGCGAGCUCAUCUUCAAGAACUGCUGUAUCCCCAUUACAAACAUGGUCCUCGGCCCCGGACGCGGUUUCGAGAUUAUCCAAGGGCGUCUUGGUCCAGGCCGCAUCCACCACUGCAUGCGCUCCAUCGGCGCCGCCGAGAUGGGUCUUGCCUACAUGAUUGCUCGCGUCAAUGACCCUGCGCGCAAAACUUUUGGAAAGCUUCUCUCCGAACACGGCACUAUCCUUGAAUGGAUCGCCAAGUCUCGUAUUGAAAUCGAUGCUGGAAGACUGCUAGUGCUACAGGCCGCAGACAAGAUUGACCGUUCCGAUGCAAAGGGAGCUAUGAGCAUGAUCUCAGAGGCGAAGAUCUAUGUUCCAUCUAUGGCAUGUACAGUACUUGAUAGAGCAGUCCAGGCACACGGAGCUGGAGGUGUAAGCCAAGACUUCCCAAUCGCGAAGAUGUGGGCACACCAGAGAACGCUGAGGAUCGCAGAUGGACCUGAUGAGGUGCACCUGAACCAGUUAGGCAGGACAGAAAAUAAGAGGGCCGAUGAGAUUACAGCAACGUUGAAGAUGCAGAAGGCGAAGGUUGAGGAGCUGAUGAGGCAGUACAAGAUUCAGGACAAGUCUAGGUUGUAG